AUGAUUCCAAUGGCUCACAUGAAUUAUUACAACAACAAUUACAAACAAGUACCGGCCGAUUAUGUGUUGGACUUGUCCGUUAAAACCAAAAGAGUUUCAUCGCCUGACUACACCUACGGAUACCCCAGCCCUAAAUUUAGCCCCACCGAAUGCCUCAAACACAGUCCAUUAGGAAGUCCAACCUUGGAAGUGCAAAUGGACAUGUCUUUAUCGCCUAAUGAAGUUUACAGUUCCAGUCCUUGCUUGUCUUCGCCUAAAAGUACCCAAUCUGAAACUUCUUACCAAUCCUCAGACAUCGAUUCUUCACCUAGAUGCAAAAGAAAACCGUCCAGGCCUUUUAAAUCAAUGCCCCAAGAAUCUAUGGCCCUGUCAACAACAAUCAUAGACCAACUAGAUUGUUCAAACUCGACAGCAUUUAUAAUCGACAACCAAGAAAUCGGUCCAGAAGAAACCAAAAGACUGAUAGAAGAUUCGGCUAGAAAAUACGCAGAAUUCCGCGAAAAAAUGCUGACGCAAUUAAGCAACAAUAACAACACCAAUUUGAACAUGAGGCGGAUGCAAAAUAACGGCAUCAAAGCUCAAGACGAAGAGUAUCUGGAAAAGAGACGCAAAAAUAAUCAGGCAGCCAAAAGGUCGCGGGACGCCAGGCGGAAUAAGCAAGACGAAAUCGCAAUCAGGGCCAGUUUUCUGGAACAAGAAAACAUUAUGUUGAAGUACAAAGUCAAAUCGGAAAUUGAGGAUUUGGAAAGGCUGAGGCAAAUGGAAUUGGCUAGUUCAACACCUGCAUCAUUAUAA